UUGCAACGGCUAGGCUUAUUUAUAAUUGUGUCGUUGAGUUGAUCACUAUACCUACGGUUGACGUUAAAAUGUCCGUUUCAAAGAGUGUGAUUGUAAUUGCGUUAUGUUUCUUGUUUUCCAUCGAUUCAGUAUUUUCCAAGGUUGAGAAAUGCUAUGGCUGUACUUCUUUGGUAGACGUUGAUUGUGUACUGAAUCCCGAACAAGAUAAAUUUGUCAUGGAUUGCAAAAAUUUGACUUUUAGACAAGGCAUAGAUAGUAUGAGGAUUUUCAAUGGCAGGGAUAAUGAAGCCGUUGAUUGGGCCUGUGCUAAAGCUACAGUGUCGAAUGAUCUACCUGGAAAUAAAACUAUAAAGCAAGUGGUGCGGGCAUGUGCACCAAAGAACGCCUGUGAACAAAAAGUAUCCUCCGGCAUUACACUUAAUAGUUGUGACAUAUGCACAAGUGAUUUAUGUAAUUCAUCAUCGGUUAUCAGCGUUGGAUUCUACAGUUUGACAAUUUGCUUAGCAAUGAUCUUUGUAUAUUGGAAAUGAUAAAGCCUCACGUUUUGUUCGACGUUUGUUUUAUAAAAAAAAUUAAUAAACAAAAUCGAAUGCAAA